CCCAAUCCCAAUCUGAAUCGGAAAUGGAGGAAUACCCGGAAGAGCUGAGGACACCACCGGUGAGUCUGAUAGCGGUGGUGGGAUGUCCGGAGCUUCACGCAACCUUGUCGAGGCACCUCCACUCGGAGCAGCCACCAAUCAACACCCUCGCUCUCCCUGACUUCUCUAAGGCCUCUCUUCUUUUCUCCACCACCAAAGAGAGCAAAGACAACGAUGAUCAUGAGACUGCUGUCGGUGGCAUCUUGAAGAGGGAUUGGCUGCUCAAGCACCGCACUAAGGUUCCCUCCGUACUCGCCGCUCUCUUCUCCUACGAUCAGCUCUCCGGUGAUCCCGCCCAGUGGCUCCAGGUCUGCUCCCUCCUCGAUCAACUCAAAGCCCUGCUUCGUCCCAGGAACGUCAAAUUCCUUCUUCUUGUGGUGGUGCCACACCAAUCCAGUAACCCUCUCAAUGAUGAUAUCGGCGAAGAUCGAAUGCUUGCGCUCCGCAAGCGUGCCGAAUUGGAUCCCAAAUACAUUCUCCUGUUUAAGCCGGACGAACCCUCCGAGCUCAAACAGUCUCUACAAAGGCUGGGAUCCGCCUUCGCUGAAUUGGCCAGUGCCUAUUAUAGAGACGAGGGGAGAAGGAUCAAAUUGCGUCUUGAAAAGAAGACCUUCAACUCUUCUAGCAUUGAGUUGCACGUUCGCUAUUGCUUCAAAGUUGCUGUAUAUGCAGAGUUCCGAAGGGAUUGGGUUGAAGCUUUAAGGUUUUAUGAAGAUGCCUAUCAGACACUGCGAGAGAUGAUUGGGACAUCGAAAAGGUUGCCAGCACUCCAACGCCUAGUUGAGAUAAAAACUGUUGCAGAGCAAUUGCACUUCAAGAUAUCAACUUUGCUAUUGCAUGGUGGGAAGGUUGGGGAAGCAGUUUUGUGGUUCCGCCGGCACAAUGCUUCGUAUAGAAGGCUGGUUGGAGCGCCAGAGGCUAUAUUUCUUCACCGGGAGUGGAUGAGUAGGCAAUUUUUGGUAUUUGCAGAAUUGCUGGAUAAAAGUUCAGCAGCCAUUCAAAAUAUUUCAUCUCUAGUUUUAGCUACAAAAGACACGCCUUUGACAGAGUGGGAAUCUCGUCCAGCCUAUUACUAUCAGUUAGCUGCUCACUACUUAAAGGAGAAGAGAUCCUCUUUGGAACUUGCACUGUCAAUGCUAGAAACCGCUAAUGAAAUGGAUAAUAGUGCCGAAUCUGUGGUACCUUCAGCUUAUGUGGGUCAGUUUGCUCGAUUACUUGAGCAAGGGGAUGCAUUUUCUAUGCUGCCUAUCACAGAUGAAGAGUAUAUUCGAUUUGCUGUUGCGGAAGGAAAAAGGUUUCAAGAUUCCUUUGAAAUAAUUGCUCUGCUAAAAAAAUCUUACGAAUCAUACGGUGAUCUCAAAGUCCAGAGGAUGGGCUCUUUUUGUGGAUUCCAGAUGGCCAGAGAAUAUUAUGCUGCUGGUGACUUUACUAAUGCAAAACAGCUUUUUGAUGAUAUUGCAAGUCUGUACAGACGAGAGGGGUGGGUCAUUUUGCUUUGGGAGGUCUUGGGUUACCUGCGGGAGUGUGCAAGGAAACGUGGUACAGUGAAAGAAUUUGUAGAGUACUCACUUGAAAUGGCUGCGCUGCCAGUAUCAUCUGGUAUUGAUACCCAGUCUUUAAGAUUUAAAGAAUGUGGCCCAGCUGGUCCUGCAAGUCUGGCAGAGAGAGAAGUAAUACACAAGGAGGUUUUUGGGCUUGUCUGUGGAGAAUCAGAGCUGCCACAAGUUGAGAGCCGUAAUAAUCUUCAAAUAACUGGAGAUAAUCCACUUCACCUUGAGAUUGAUCUUGUCAGUCCACUUAGAUUGGUACUUCUUGCUUCAGUUGCUUUUCAUGAACAGAUAAUCAAGCCCAGUGUAUCCACCUUGAUUACAAUAUCACUUCUGUCACAGUUACCUGUUAGUGUUGAAAUUGAUCAAUUAGAAUUGCAAUUCAAUCAAUCUGAUUGUAACUUUAUCAUCAUGAAUGCCCAAAGACCUUCUUCAGCUGCUACAUCUGAUGAUAAACAAGGGCACCGAGUAGAGACUUCUUCUUCUCUGGCACUUGCUACAAACAAAUGGCUACGUUUCACUUAUGACAUCAAAUCUGAUCAAAGUGGAAAGCUUGAAUGUAUAUCUGUUAUUGCAAAAAUUGGAACGCACUUCACAAUCUGUUGCAGAGCUGAAAGUCCAGCUUCAAUGGAGGAUUUACCUCUUUGGAAGUUUGAAGACCGUGUAGAGACCUCUCCAACCAAGGAUGCUGCUCUAGCUUUCAAUGGUCAAAAGGCUGCUCAGGUCGAAGAACCAGAUCCACAAGUGGAUCUUUAUUUAGGUGCUUCUGGCCCUGCAUUUGUUGGAGAGAGUUUCAUGGUACCUGUUACUGUGAUCUCCAUGGGCCAUGCAGUCUACUCUGGGGAGUUAAAGAUUAACCUGGUAGAUGUAAAAGGAGGUGGCUUAUUUAGUCCAAGGGAAGCGGAACCAUACUCUCUGGACAGUCAUCAUGUUGAGCUUGUCGGCAUUUCUGGACCCCAAGGGGAGGAUGAAAGUCAAUUGGGUACAGAUGAAAUAAAAAAAAUUCAGAAAUCUUUUGGAUUGGUUUCUGUUCCAUCUCUGAAAUGUGGAGAAUCGUGGUCUUGCAAACUAGAAAUAAAGUGGCAUCGACCCAAACCGGUAAUGCUUUUUGUAUCAUUGGGUUAUUCUCCACAGAGCAAUGAAUCAACUGCACAAAAGGUUAACGUUCACAAGAGCUUGCAGAUUGAAGGAAAAACUGCUAUUUUAAUUAACCAUCAGUUUAUGCUGCCAUUUCGGCGGGACCCAUUGUUGCUCUCAAGGAUCAAGCCAGUCUCUGAUUCUGAUCAGCCAGCAUCACUGCCUCUUAAUGAAAUAAGUAUACUCAUAGUUAGUGCUAAGAACUCUGCUGAGGUCCCAUUGCGAUUACUAUCCAUGUCCCUCCAAUUAGACAAUGACAGCGUUGUAAGGUCAUAUUCCACGCCGCAUGAAGUUGAAGACCUAGAUCCUGCCCUUCUUGUGCCAGGGGAAGAGUUCAAAAAGGUUUUUACUGUCAUUUCUGAAGUUAAUUCUUCAAAGCUCAGGUUAGGGACAAUGUGUGUAAGAUGGAGGAGGGAUUCUGGGACUGAAGAGCAAUCUGGUUCUACGGUGACUUCAGUUUUGACUGAACAAAUCCUUCCUGAUGUAAAUGUGGAAUUACCCCCUUUGGUUGUGAGUUUGGACUGUCCCCCUUAUGCCAUCCUUGGUGAUCCCUUCACAUACUUGAUCAAAAUUCGGAACCAAACACAAUUGCUUCAAGAAGUAAAAUUCUCAUUGGGAGAUGCACAAAGUUUUGUGUUAUCUGGGUCUCACAUUGACACGGUUUUUGUCCUCCCAAAAUCUGAGCAUAUUCUCAGUUACAAACUUGUACCACUUGCCUCAGGUGUCCAACAAUUGCCCAGAUUUUCUGUGACCUGUGUAAGAUACUCAGCUGGGUUUCUACCCUCAAUUGCUGCAUCUACUAUAUUCGUGUUUCCAUCCAAGCCUCAUUUCAAGGUGGCUAGUGUGAGAGACAGGAGAACGGAAUCCCUUGUGGCUGAAUGAAUCCCAACCCUCUUAUAUUCAAAAAAAAGAAAGGUUUUAACGAUGCAGAAGGGAUGCCAUGACAGGAUGGGCGAAGGCCUGUUUCUUAACCCCUCUUAUUCGGGGCUCAAAGGGAAAGCUAUUCAAAAUGCUCAAAGUUCAGGAGCUUCAUUUGAUAUUCACCGACCUCUUUCAGGGAUGUCAUACUGUUGCAAUUUGUCAAGUAAUGUUUGUGUCUCAUGGCGAUCUUGGUGUUGUCAGUAAGGUCUUUAUCUUCAAAGGAAAUUGUCUGAUAUGAGAAAUUUUUGGUAAAGGGUUGAUUACUAAUGUCA